AUCGAAGCAUUAGGUAUAUUGGAAUUAGCACGGACAUUGCAGACUAUUCACGAGCUUAACCAAUAUAUUAAUACAAAUAGUAAGAAUACUACGGAAUCUACAAAAUCUGAUGAAGGAAUCAUUG